CCCCUCUUGCCAUCUGAUGUCCAGGAGCGCUUCUGCAUUGACAGGUUAUACUGUUUCGCGAAAUUCCUUACAGAUCCGUGUCAAAGGCCCACACAGAUCGCGGAGGCUUGUGAUUUUGCAGCGACGACACCGAACGCAUCGGCAUUUGCGCCACUAAACCGGACUUUCGAAACUUGUCCUGUUGCACUGCGCAGGGACCACCUCCCCGUAGCCAGCAACAUUGCAAGAAAGGGCUCCAUUCUCGUUGAGUCAUGACAGAAGAGGAAAUCGACGUCCUGUGUUUUCACUUAUGCCAGUUGACCAUGGACCAAGUGCGCAGCCUCGAGGAGGACGACGUGAUACCGGGCCUGCGCCUCGGAGACGUCCAGGACAGAGAAGAGGUCAGCGACAAGGUCAGCGGCGCCCUGGAAUCGUGCGAGUCGCACUACAAGCGAAUCUACCACCUGGCGGCGGCCUACUGCUGGCUCUUUCCGCGCAACCAGAGCCUGAAGUGGUCGCUCUUGGCCAUCGACAAGAGCAUGCCGCCCGUCGAGGACUUCACGCUGCAAAUGCUGAUAGCGACCUCGCUGGCGCUGUCGGGAGCGGACUUGGCGUACGUGCCCGUGUCCAGCGGGGCCGAGCGCCACGCGUGUGCAAUCACCGCCGUACAGCAGUCCGAGCCGGAGGGAGCACAGAUUGUCGUCGGCAUGAGCGCGUGGGAGGACUUGCCGUACCUGGCGAUAUGUUUUCCCGGCAAGGGAAGUGUAACGCGCGUCCAGCCCCUCAUCGAGGGCAUCGUCAAGCGCAAGUUGGACGAUAUGCGCGUCGGCUACUUCACUGGACUCGACGAGGCACGAGCUUAUGCCAGCAUUUUCCACGUAGAACCGGCAAGUGAUAGCGGAAGUGUUUCCAUCGACCUCGAUUUUGGAAGUGAAGACUAGCAAGAGACCUUCUGGUGCGAAGCUACAAGUUUUUAAACACUGACGACGCGAGAUGUGGGCAUGUAAGGCAUCAAGACGAUGUCAAUCGACGGAGUUUCAUUGCUCAUGAACCUGCAUGCGACAACCAUUUCACCGGAUCCACCGCUUCCCCACCAAUUCAUCGUAUAUUGCAGCUAGGAAAGCUCUUGACAAGUAGCAGUGCGAUUCAUGCUAUACUACAAUUUUUAUUGUUUCAUUUUCAAUUUAAACUUGCAGUUUUCUUUUAGCUGGAUAGAUUUUUGCUUGUCAGGCCCCUUAUUAGGUCCCCACCCCCUUUGGGGGGGGGGGGGGGAGGAGUGCCGCCAGGAAAUGGACUUGAAUUCAUCACCACUUUGUUACCGCUGCUCAGCAUCCGCACUCAUCUGCGCAGCGGGCCACCUGCACCUUUGACGAGGCAUCGACAAGGCGGCAGAAAAUGUCUACGCAUGUCCAAUCAUUAUUGUGAGGCAGAUGACCAGAGUAGAGCUUCCGCCUCUGGUAUCUAAACAAACAUGUCAUUUGUCGCACGUACAACGCCAGAACUUCAUGCCUAUCGCAUGAAUAAAGGAACUUCUAUAAGUGC